AUACCCCAAAUACCUGUUCGAAACCUCAACCUAUAAAUUUCAGUUUUUAAAAUCAGUCGGCCGCGAUAUAACCUCAGCUGUUACAAAAAUUCACACGUGCAAAUUCUUAGUAGUAUUAAAUAAAUCCUCGUAAAUGCAAUAAUUACUCGAGCAUAAAUCUAUCCAUACAAGUUUGAAAAUGAUCGCAACCAAAUCUAUCGCAAAUGAGUGCAAGCAAUGAUUUUCGAAUAAUAACACAAAUCGCAAUCAAGAAGAUAGAGCGAAUCAAACGAAAUGGGUUCUUCGACAAAAAACCAAAAAGUCCGCAGCGACAAUCGGCGUAUGACCGGAAACGUCAACAUUUACAUCUGCUCCGAAUCUGUUGAAAAAAACGCCGAGGAAAAUGUGGCCCAAACUACUGCGACGUCCGCAAGCUCGACCAGCUUGAUCUCUGAGAAAUCGAGGCAAAAAGUUGGACCCAUUGAAGAGCACUCGGCUUCUCCAAAUCGAGUGCGAAAAAAAUUAGCAGACAAGCCAGUCGAGAAGCAACAUAAGGAUUUUGUCAAGAAAGAUGCUGCGAAGGAUUCAGACAGUGUCGGCGAUCACGAAAAAUUGAUCUCAACGACGGAAUACAACAAAUACGCGUCAUACGAAUCCAAGCCUAACCCAAUUACCGGAGAAAAUGUUCUGAAAAAUUUGAACGAACCGCGUCAACUCAAGAUCAACAGCAACGACACGAGGUACGAUCGGUCCAAGCUGGUAUCCUGUCGGUGUCCGCGAUUCGACGAAAGUGAUCUGUGGCUGCAAAAAGCUCUGAAAAGGCUUAAUCGAGAUUCGAACGGCAUAGCGCCAAGUUACAGUGUCAAAAAAGCUGACUCCCCUGAGGAACGAUCCGCAGAUGCACCAAAGAAUCCGGGUAAAUCGGAAAGGAUGGACAAGAUGUGUACAUGCGAUAGGAUUGAAAAGCACGACAGUAAGGGUAUAGGAGCUUGCGAUCAACUUUGCACUUGCUGCUGUAUCGACGUUCAUAAAAAAGAGAAUAUCUGCAUUGGCUCGAAGAGCAAGAAAAUCAAUAAGAAACAAGCUAGCGAAUUCGAAAAGGAGACGUCCAAGUCUAGCCAUGACAAAAAAGAAUCCUCGCUUGGGAAAAAGGAUGAGAAGAUUGUGAAAAAUAAGGCGGAGCUUAAGUUUACCAAUUCGAAAGCUAAGAAAAGCAACAGCUCAGAAAAAGUUAAAAGCAUCGAGAAAGUGAUGAAGGAAGAAAAAAGUAACGAUUCGAAGAAAAGCUCGAAAGAACGUUUGCAGCCGAUCGAAAAAGAAACGACUGAAAAAUCCAAAAAGGAUUUGAAAAACGUUCAGAACUCCGAAAAGAAGACUAAACUGUCGAUUAAAGGGAAGACAAAUGGAGAAAAACCCAGUACUGCAGAAAAGCCUCAAGAAGUCAAAUUACAAUCAAAAGAAAAAAAGAAAAUUAAAGAGGAGAAAAAAAGCACGAAAACGAAGGCUAAGCCAGCUAUAAAAGAGAACUCCGAAAAUAAGUCAUCAGAGCCUCCUAAAAGUGACAAGGUGGAGGUGCGCGACUCGGGCAAAACUAAGAAGAAGAAAGAAAAAAAGACGAAAGCAGCCUUUACCGAUUCAAAUAAAAAAUCUACUCAUCGCAAAUCCAUCAACGAUCGAAAAGAAGAUUCGUUUUUCUCGAAAUUAAUUAACAUGAUGAAAAGAGGCAAGAAAGUAAGUGACGGAGACGUAAAAAAGCAGGGCUGUAGUCCAGAUUGUACAGGCUUGACGAAAGCGACAGAAACUUGGACCAAAAAUAAGAGCAAGCGCGAAAAGAGUGGACCAAAACUCAAACCGUCAGGUACGAUCGUAAGCAAUGGAUCACAUAAUAUCCCCGAAAAAUUUCAUGAUUUUAAGUCGGCCCCUGAUGCGCAGGUAAAUGACACCGUAGAUUUGAAUUCACCCGCGAAAACCGAAGAUGCCGAUGAAAAGUCUGUGCCACAGCUUGAUCUUCUCGAUCGUUCGAAAGCCGAAGAUGAAAAUGAAGAGUUCCGUUAUUACGACAAUCGCGUGGCUCGCUGUCCAGAAAUUACGAAAAUAGAGGCGGAAGAUAACGGCGAGCCUCACUAUGGUCUGCAGAGAAAUUGCUUGUGCUACGAUUGUCUAAGGAAAUCUGAGGCUGCAUGCGAUCAAUUUACUUUUCCGAAUUCAUAUCUGCACGAAGCUUACUCGGAAAACAGCUUCGACUCUUGCUGUGGAUGUAAGUUGCAGACACCUGUGACGAACUUCAAAGAGGAUCGUAGAAGACGUUUCGAUGAAUUACUGCAGGAUUACCCCCUCGUUGGAAGUGUACAUUGUUGCUGGUGCUCGUGCCGAGAUAUCGCAUGACUGUAAUUAUUUAUAGUCGGUGUGUAAUAAUUAUUUUGAAUUUAUCAUUUUUUGUGAACGUAAUCCGCGCGAGAAAUACAAUGUGUUAAGAAGCGCCAAAAGUUUUUAUAUAUAUCGUGUCUUAUAUGCGUAUAAAGUAGUUUAUUCAUCGCGGACUGCCUGUGUGCGCAUUUCAAAAAUAUAGUAAUAAUAAAUCCAUUUCUACUUAA